UUCCCCGCGUCGUAUGGAUACGAUAGUAAAACACGACGUACGUAUAGGGUUAAAGUACAAGGCUGCUAAGCUAGAGUGGUGAAGCAGGCGAAAUCAUCUCGAGAAAGUCUUAUGUCAUUCUUAUCGACAUCUUUUUGUCGGCCUUGACUUUUAAUGCGCAGACCGUUAUGGAGGACGAAGGCUCCAAAUAAAUAGGUUCCUUUAUGUUAGGUCAUACAUGCUACAGUCUAAUGUUAUCUUUGAACACGAGAGUUGUAUUUUUAAAGCAGUUUUAUUUUUGGUCUAGUCAUUGUUUGAGAGAUAAGUUUUUUGGGCGGUUUGCGUGCGUUAUGUCAAGGGUCUAUGGCGUGUGAGGGUUUGCGUGCUGGCGUGUCCGUACAUUGCAUUGUGCGUUUAUGACUCUCAUGACGUGGGUACAGGCCAAGGACUGCCAUGCUCUAAUACAUCAGGUCCCAAGUUCUCACAUUUGCUCCCCGUGGUUUGGACGUGAGUGUUGCUCUUUCGUGAUGUGUCCGUGGAGAGCACAGUUGUGCCACCCGCCUUUCGUGCCCGUUUUGUUUCUAUAGUGCAGGGAUUUACCCGUGUUGGAAAUUGUUUUUACACCUUUCUUCUUUAUUUGUUGUAGCUGGUGACACUCUGCUACUUGCAUCAUGUGACUCUUGGAAGAUCUGUGCUUUGGGUUUGGUGCACUGGAUUUGUCCCUUUAUUCAGAAGCACAGCUUUGUUGGAUUUUCAUCCUACUUUCACAGUUUGAGAAUAACAACAACAAAAACUUAUCUAAGUAGCUAACCACUAUUUGAACCCUAUAGUCUGUGUUUGCCACUGUCGCGAGACCUGUCCCACUCGCUGGUGGUUUAUGGGAGGAGAAUUAUGCAAGGAUCAAUUUUCUUGCCAAGUUAUUAUCUUCAUUGCGUGCGUUGCUCCCGUUCGCCUGCUCCAAGUGGGGCAAAACAUCGAGGAGUCCACUGAAACUGCGAGCAUGGAGUAGAGUUCGGGGAGCGCUCGUCUUCGUAAUAUGGAGACGUUUCCGAGGAGAGAUAUUUGACUGGUUGGUUGUUGUGCGCUCGGAGACGUGUGUCCACGCAUUAUGGAGUUGUCAGUUAGACACAUUUGACUUUUUCGGGGACGAUUGUCCUCGUCUUGUUAAAGAGAAUUUUUCCGAUGGGAUAUAUUUGACUUUUUCUUUGUGAUCUCGCGGAGACUUGAGGAUUUCUGUCCUGCCACCUGUUCCCCCCGACUCGCUGACCCCCAUAGAACUCUCCGUGGUGGUGGUGACCGUGGGAGGGUGGCAUGGAACAGCUGAGUGUGGAUGUGUACUCGCUGCCUGGCUUCGGGGUCAUACACAAGGAGGCCAGGGCCAAAGUACUGGCGCGGGAAAGGGAAGAGCGGGAGAGGCGGAAGAAAAAACUCCAAAACAAAGGUACGGCGACGCCUCCCACGGUGAAGAAGCCUCGCAACCGUCUGUUCAGCUCCAUCCUCUGCUGCUUCCGCAACAGCAACAAUGGCAACAACAACAACAACAACCCUCCGGCGGGCAGCAACUGUCAGGCACCAGUCACUGAGGAGAAUGGGAACCCAAGGACUUGCGACAAGUACCUGUUGCCGACUGUCCGGCAUCAAGAUAUGAACAAGAAGUGUGUGGUGAUAGACCUGGAUGAGACCCUUGUACAUAGUUCCUUUAAGCCCAUUAACAAUGCUGAUUUCAUCGUCCCUGUUGAAAUUGAUGGCACAGUACAUCAGGUGUACAUUUUGAAAAGGCCGCAUGUGGACGAGUUCUUGCAACGAAUGGGGGAGCUUUUCGAAUGUGUGCUCUUCACAGCAAGCCUCGCCAAGUAUGCAGAUCCAGUAGCGGAUUUGUUGGACAAGUGGAACGUGUUCCGAUGUCGCCUCUUCAGGGAAUCUUGUGUCUUUCAUAGGGGGAAUUACGUCAAAGACCUCAGUCGGUUGGGUCGAGACUUAAACCAGGUUGUUAUUGUGGACAAUUCACCUGCGUCAUACAUCUUCCAUCCCGAAAAUGCUGUGGGCGUCACCUCGUGGUUUGACGAGAUGAACGACACAGAACUGCUGGACCUGAUCCCAUUCUUUGAGCGGCUGGCGCGGGCAGACAACGUGUACAGCUUACUGAAGACCAUGUCCGAGUCACCUUCUUCCACCACACCUUCUUCCUAGCCUCACAGGAGCAGCAUCUUACCGGACUCAUGGCGGCCACGACCACCCAUCCCUUCCUCCCUCCCUCGCUCUCGCUCCCGCUCCCCCUCACCCUCCCCUCCCUCAUCCCUCACCGAAGUCUCCUCCCCUCCCCCUCCACCUGCCCCCUCCUUUCUUCUUCAUCAUGUCCCGAGUUCCAUUCCCUUGUAGCUUCUCCUGGCUUGAAUCAUUUUAAUUGUACCCCACUUUUCUUUCUUUUUUAUUUUUGGUUUCUCAAUCGUGUUUUUUUAAGAACUGAUCAUAUCUUGUCCUUUGUUUUGAAUGCUACAUUUCAAAACAUUUCAUAAUUUUAUAUCAGUUGACUUUUACAAAUUUAUUAGCGGUACAAUAAGUGAUAUUUGAACAAAUGUAUGUUUUAGACUAUGUUUACUGAAGUAUGUCGUGGCCUCUAUGCAGCUAAGGGGAUUUUUUUUUUUUUUCUUUUUAAAUGUCACAAGACAAGUUUUAUGCCACUUUGUGUUUUCAGAUCUUUUUAUGUCUACAACUGCCCUUGAGAGGGUCUCAAUUUCCUUUGACCUGUACACCAGACAACUGUUUUUGUAUAGUAUGGUGAAAGACCCUAGAAAACACAAUAAGAACCUGGUACUUUUGAGAGUCUUGAGUGAGAAAUUUACUUUUGAUGCAGCCUUGGCCUCUCUUACUGGUCAAUCAUGGCUGUCAAGUUGUGUUGUAGAAACUCUGUGGAUUAUUUACACCUAAACGGAUGACAUUGUAAGCUGCCCACUGUCUGGACUGUAAAAGUGCUUUAGGACAGAUCAGUCGUUCACUUGCGUAAAUUUGUUAUUGAUUUCGUGGCUUUUCUGCAAUGGACCCCUUCCCUUUUUACCUUUAUAUUGGAAAUUGGGUAAACUUCAGUUAUGAGGGGAUGUAAAAAUACAGGACGUGGAGGAGUCUUUGGAUGCUUUUGCUCUCUGUGGUGGUGGCAUUGUCCGACCAUGACCAGAGUGUGAUCAGUGAGCUGUCUUAACCCUUUGAACCCCAGACUGGAGGUUUUCUAGAUCCACAUCCCUGAACUUAUAGAAAGUGGUUAGCCCCAGGCCCCCCGGCCUUGCUGGAUGCCAAGAAAGAUCAUGUCCUGAGAUGGUUUAACAGCCUUUCAGGAUGCUUAGAAAUAUGCCCCAGGCUGCCUUUCUGGUCUUGUGGGUUGAAAAAUGUUAUGGUAUAGGACUCAUGUCCUAUUGAACCGUUUUGCUGAUAAUUCUCUAAAGGUUUGGGCUGAGCUCUUGUGUUUUUAGGCAUUUUAUUAGUGAAAUCAAGAUUUUUUACUGUCAGUUCUGUCAGGUAACUCCAAGGGUUGUAGCAUUUUCGAUAGUGCAGAUGGACAUAAUUAUUUGAGCUGUUAGGCAAUGUAAUCAACAUUCUCUGCAAUGGGCGAUGCUAACAGCUCCAUGGUAACUGAAAGGAGUAAGUUUUUGCCAUCUUGUCCCUUUUUUGGAGGUACAAGGGUUUAAUAAGUUCUACUGAUAGUGGAUGUGGUGGUGUCAUGUCAUACGACCUGGACAGGUAGCAAAAAUCUGUAGCUGGUGGUAAGACACGGAGCUGAAGACCACCCACCCCCCCAGUUGUUAUUACGGCUGGAAUGUCUUAGAAGUGACACUAGUUCUAGUAAAGUACUGUUCCCGUCAUGUACUCCUUUUUAUGGCUUGUGGAUGAAAUCUAGAUCUGUUGUCCCCGUAUUUCCCUUUAUGUUGUUGUAUUUUAUGGGGAAGGGUUCGUUUAGCAUUUUAUUUGUUUGUUGUUGUAUUCUUUUUGUGAUUUUGUUCCUUUUUUUGGGUAUUUUAUCUUCUAGGAGAAAAGUAUUACCUGAUCUAGGUGGUGACUUGUCCCCUCCCUGUACCUCGUCCGCCCCACCCUCCCACCCACCCCCCAUCCGCCUGUGGACAUGCAGUAGUUCCUGACCAGCGGACCCGUACUCGUAGUUACACGUUUGGGUUUUUUGUCAUCAUUUUGGGGUUGUUGGUUUUUUUGGUGUUCCUGUCAGACUUUUGUUUUUGGGUUCAGAAUCAAAUUGGAAACUUCCGAUCCCAUUUCUAUCAUUGAACUCUGGUCAUCUUCAUAAAGUCUUGUUACCAUGGAAGCAAGGGGCCUUUCUGCAUGCUGAUGUUUUCACACAACUGGCAGCUGCGAGCCUGUGGCGUGGGCGGGGCUCGGGCGGUGGUGGCUGCGUGGCGCUUGAUCAAACACACACCUCUGUCAGUCUGAUACGCCAGAUGUUCACAAGUGUUAUAUUGUAAGAAAAGGCUCAUUUUUCCUGCUCGUGGGUGGUAGUGACUUGUGUCCAAAAUUGUACUCCAGAUUGUAGGCUUUCUUGGGUUACUAAGUGUACUUUUGUUGCUCUAGACAUUUAUUUUGGGAGUUACAAAUUGGAACAUAUUAAUUAAUCUUUUGUUCUUAGAAAGUAACUUAGUCUUUCGCCCAAUUUUUUUUUAUUUGCCCAAAGUCAUUUUUUAAAUGCAAUUACUUCUGGAUGACAAGAAAUGAAAAAGUAUCUACCCAUGUGUGCAAAUGGAAUAGGGUCAAAUCUUUAUAACAGAUUGUACAAGUAAUGAUAUGGUGUGGCUGGACUUACUUUCUACUUGAGAGAAAAUAAGUUCUACAUACCCACACACUCAUGAUCAAGUGUCACAAGCACAUUCGCUGAUUUCAGCCCAUGCAACACGCUGGCAGCUUUUAAAGCCACCUACGGCGAGAUACCUUUUUAUAUAUAAUAUAUAAAUAUAUAUAUAUGCAAACUACAAAAGACAAACAACAAGUGUACAUAAAAACAAAUAUAACUACAUUUGUCAACUUGUGUGUGAUUUCUUUUUUUGAAAAAAAAACUUUUUGUUUUAACAUGCAUUUUUUUUUAUCCUGUUGUUGUUAAAGGAAUAUAAUGAUAUGAUAUAAUAACAUAUUUCAAUAUCAUCAUUGUUGCGCUGGUAAUUAAUAUAAAGAAAUGAUUGUAAUAAUAAUAAUUAUGAAACUUAUUAUAUAUAAUAUUGUUGGUAAUGUACAUUAUGAAAUGCGUAAUAAGAAUGAGUGCAAUGUUGUUCCUCUUUCUUACUACACCGCAGAGUGGGCUCUUUGUGUGUCUGUUCCGUGUUUGUGUGUUUGAUUUCUUUUGUGUGUGUACAUAUACAUACAUUUGAUUAUACACAGUUGUAUGUUUUUUCAUAACUUAAAAAGAAAUUGUCAAGUUGUUUUUUUUACUUGUGAGUGUGGUGGGCGAUGGACCCUCUGAUUCUGUACUGUGGAGAAGUUUUUGAUUGUGAGUGAGACGAGGGCACAAGAGUUAACGGUUUUUAAAAAAAUACAUUUUCACACGACUGCGUCACACAUAAGGAAAACAUUGUAAAAUGGUCAUGUGUGUUUGAAUUACCAUGAAAACAUUUUUAAUUCAUUCAUUUAUUCCGGGGGGGGGGGGGGGGGGGGGGGGGGGUUUGGGUACUUGAAUGAGAAACACUUGCCCUGAAGAUUUUGCGAACAGUUUAUAUAAUGAACUCUUUUUUGAUAGUAUUAUAUAUUGCCUCUGUUAGAAUGUUUCAUUAACAGAAACAUCUUUUGAAGCUGCUUCAGUCUUCGCAAUAUUUUGCUUCUGCGAAUGUUUGCCCCAUCUUCUCUGUCUACUAAGACAUUGGCAGUCGUUAGUGGAAUAUCAUCUACGAUUCUGGGUGAUGAUGUCAAAACUUUUGUUGAAGAGCGGAGUCAUCGCCGUCAUAGUGUGUGUCAUGAUACCAUGUCGUGUCUUCGGAGUUCGAAUGAUGUAGGGGAGCAGAGAUAAUGAGAUGUUCAUCUGGAUACUUGUUACUGCAUGAUAUUAAAGUCUCUCUCUUCCUAUUACCCCAAGUCUCCUCCCGCUGCUUCAUGUUUUACAUCUCAACUCUGUGUUUUUUCCCCUUUUCUCCAGUUUUCUGUUAUUGAUUCUUGGUCCUUGGAUUUGAAUGUGUGGAAUUACCUCGACUGUUGUAAAAAAAAGUUGUGGUUCCGUUUUUCGUUUUCUGACCAACAAAUUCUGGUACAUGAGCUGCAUUACUUUAUUGAAAAGGGGAAGGGGGAUGAAGGUGCGAUGUGCUAGCUAUGCUGAGACCGUAAGCGGUUGUUUAAUGCGAUGUGGGAGUGACUGGCGCUGUCUUUGUAAGAGAGUGUGAUAAAGAAAAAGAAUACUACACCGCCCCUCCGGCUUACCUUCAGACCCCUCCCCUCUUCCCUCAUGCAACCAUCCGUCAGCUUUCACUGUCUGUCCUCUGUUCUCAAGGUUGUGAUCCCCAGUUUCUCACAGAGCUCCACCAUGCAUGUUUCCUGUGACCCUUCCCUCUUACAGUGAUCCUCUGGUCUCAUUCUUUGCCAAUUCAUCAGCUUUGCUGGUGUACAAUCUUGUGUACACAAUCAGGUCUCAGUUUUUGGGAGGUUUUGGUGUGUUUUUUUAAUCUACGUAAUUGACAAGAACAUUGAAGUGUACCAGAAUGACACUGAAACUGCAAAUUUUCCCCACCUGUGGGUUCAUAUUUCGUUCUAAGGAAACAUUCAGCUUUUGAAAUGUGAUAAGUUCUUUCACCAAAGUUUUGAACAGCCGUCAGUUUGUUUUUUGUUGCUAUUUACUUCAGGAGUACAGGUCAGACGUUAUCAAGUUUCUGUUCCAAAGGAGAAAACAGCCAGGCAUAAAUUGGACGCAUUCAAAACUGCUGCUGGGUUCUGAGCUGCUUAUAGCAUCCUGUUCUUUCGUCUGUUUGACUCUCAUGGUCUCAUUCGCUUUUUCAUCAGUUCUUAUGAUAUUAAAUUGUCCUGGUCAGUAUUAAUGUCUUUCCUUCAAGGUGGACAGUUGAGCACAGCUGUCGUUCAGUGGUUCUACCACUAAGAAGAAGACACUGUGUUGGAAGUGAUCCAGUGCCACAAGUGUUUUACCACCAUCCAUAUGAGAGCAAACCUAUUGGGGCUUUUGUUUCAGACGUGCCAGCUAGUUUGGGUUCAGUUCGACCCAGCGCAACCCUAUGUGAGAUGUGCGGACAGAACGAGUUACUUCUAGCAAUCCAGGAAUGGAGAUAUCUGCCCAAAAUUGACCCUGGGGUCAGAUUUAUAGACUUUCAGUUGAUGCCAUUUUCUUCAAGUCAACCGUGUCAACAUUGAGCAAACUUCGUCUAUAAAGUUGAUGUAUCAAUUUCCAUAAGGCUAAAAUCCAAGCAGUAACUCGUUUGUCAGCACAUCAACCUUAUGUCUGGACAGAUUCCAUGUCAUCAGUAGGAGAGUGUUUGUCUAUUACUAGCCUGAGAAAUAAAUUAAGGGCUAGGGUGUCAACGCUUUGUUUUUUCAUAAUGUGUCGGAAAUAUUUUUCAUCUGAGAAAAAAGACGUGUUGAGAACUUUGAAAGAUACAAGAUUUUAACUAAAGUAGCAUACAGUUAUUUUGAAAAGCAAAAUUCUGCCUCAAACCGCUUAAUUUUUCUGUUGCAUAAAGUUUAGUUUGGAAGUAUAAGGAAGAAGAAUUAGGCUCAAGGCUCCGGGAUUUGUGCUGAUCUGAUGUCCCUGUGGGUGUGCUCUGGUCCUGGUUUGUCCCCGAGGUUCGGACACUUUGUUGUUCCACUUCUCUCUCUUGCCACAUAUUGCUCAGUCAUCCAGGUAUGUUGUCCAUCUUGCUAAACGCCCAUGACAGCUUCUUAAACACUGCAUGGGCCACUUCCAUCAUCUGAUCCUGUCACCAUCCUUUCAAAAGCACGAAGCUACCUCUACUGCACUGGAAUGUUCCCUUUGCGCACUCCUCAGACUGUUUAGCUGACUUGUGUUGUCUCCCUCCCCCCUCUCCUAUCCAAGCUAUUUUGCUUUGGUUUUUAGUUAUGUGUGCGAGGAUCUCCUUUAUUUUUUAAUCAUUACCCGCAGCUGAGCAUAACAUUUUUAACAUGUCUUUUCAAAGGUAGAACAUGUGGGUCCUACUUUGGGAUGCCAGGCUGUCAAAUGUUCCUAGGACCGAAGAAAGUCAUGGCUCCACUUGGUCUCAAGGCUCAAAUGCUGAGUACGUCGGUCCAGUUUGUGACUCCCUGAACUGCCUUUAUGGUCUGCUGCGUCUCUUUCUGUUCACUGAUACUCUUGUUCUGAUUUGUUGGGUGAGAAUUGUGGCUGACGUCAAGCUGAUUGGUCAUUGUUCUUUUAUUAUGGCUUGGCAUAACUUGUCUUUGCUCGUUGGACGUUACUGAUGUGCUCGUCCUAAGAGUUUAUGUUUCUCAAUUUUAGAAAGUCUUGUUUUAGGUUAAAUGUUCUGUGUUAUGUCUUAGUAUGUCUUUGUUUUGAUCAUCUCAUGAAGCAUUAUUUCGAUGAACGCACACAGCAGCUAUUUUUUGGCCUAAAGUGAAUCAUGUUGUCUCUUGUGUUCAGCUCCUGUUCAGAUGUCAUUUGGUUUAUGUUUAUUUCACUUUGGGUUAGGUUUUUGAUAUUCCUGAGUAUUAAAACUGUGGUAGUGAGGUCAGUGUCUUAGAAGGAAGUAAAGGUGCUUUGCAAAAUGAAAAUAAAAAAUUUGAAACUGCCAGAAGUAGUUGUGGAGCCUUUUAGCAGCCCUUGGUUCUGAGCACACAAACCCUUACACAUGACUUCAUUUGGCACUGAAUUUUUGUAUUAUGGUGAUAGCAUAUUGGUUCCUGGGAGUUAGAUAUGUAUUAGCCAAGUUUUGUCAAUCUCAUGCAGACUGUGGUGUUGACGAGGUGCAAGAAAAGAUCUUUUACUUUAUGAAGUGGUAAGAGAUAUUUUAAUUUUAUGGUUCCUAUAGUAUUGCUCUUUAGUUUUGUUUGAGAGGAAUUGUGAGAUGUCAGAUUUCUGAAGAAGCUUACCUAUGGGUACCUUCAGUAGUAUUUGUAAAAUAGGCUCGGUGUGUGAGACCUACUGUCAUGCUGCUCCAGGACUAUUUGGUUUUUCUUGUGUAAAUGUGGAAAGAAGACGAUAGAAAAAAUUGGCUUUGAUUGUAAAUGUGUACAUUUCAGUUUAAAUUAUGUGUUGAUUUCAUCCUUCUGUCUCGUGUUCUGAGCUGUGCGUUCUGUCUUACCCUGUCGUGGUUAUCGGAAAAUUCUUUUAGUUCGUGCACGCUGGAACUGCUAACCUGUGAUGCCUGUCUUUGGUAACCUUUAAUGUUUUUGGGUCUUUCCCUGUGUACUUUUGUUAGUUGUCUCCUCCCUUUUCCCCCUUUUCUGUGAUGUCAUAUGAAAAGACAAUGCUCCAAUUUCAUUUUGGAUAUUGGUGAAAGAGGUUUUGGGUUUAUGUACGUUUGGUUGGUCGUUUUGCUAGUGCCAUGUGUGAUGUGUGGUGUCUGCCUUUUGCUUUUGAAUUCUUUUUUGUCAUUUCAGUUAAAUUUGUUGUUGCAAGUGAAAUUUUAGCCAUUUUUCAUGCUUUUUGUCGCUUUCUGUUUUUGUAUUUUUUUAGUCUUAACUUUUGUAGAUGCUUCAUUCAUAAGAAACGAUUAUGCAAGCUAAGAUAAAGAUUGUAAAUUGUGAGACAAGUUGCUCGACUGUUUUGUGCGACUCCACAGCCCAACAUAUAUCAUCAAAGAAAUGUAACCUUGUCUUGGGGUCGCACAGUUCAGCUGGAAAAACCUGUUUUAUUAUUAUACAUGAUAUUUUUUGUUAUAGCUGAUGGUUUGCCUUUCUGCAGGCUUGCUGACCUUAAAGCUUGUUUUAUCUAUCUAUCUAUCUAUCAUUUGAGUCUUGACUUUUCGUCUUGUGACGCGGGUGCUGCUGUCUUGUUUGGGGCUGAGCCACUCAUGUCCUCACAUCAAGGUGGCUGCACCCCUUCCCCCCUUACCCCCUCCUCUCUGUAGCUCCCUCCCCCCCCUUCCCCUCUCGGUGUGAGGAAGAGUGUUCUGCUGGUACUGCUUUAUUUUGUCCUCUUCAUUGCCCGAGGCAGCUCAAUGUGCUCACAGUUCUGCUGGGGGUCCACGGGACUGGUGGUUUCUGCUUUAGGUGUGUGUGUGCGCGCGUGUAUGUGUGCGCGCGCACACUGUUUGGUUGUCUUGUUCCUCAUUUUUUGUCUGUCAUCAUGUCAUAAGGAAGAAGAAGUAGUCUGUGACUUGUCUUUACAGACCUUGUGCCUGGUUCAGAAGGUCUGUAUGUCCUGUGGUUCUUUCAGUGGCUACAAUGACUUGUGGAUCUGUCAGUGGCUACUAUUUUCCUUCUCUCUACAGUUGGAUCUUUUCCUGUUGUUACAACAUUAUCUUUGUGCUCUGGGCUAAGUCUGUUGUAUCCCACUCUCUCUUUCUCUCCCCCCCCCCCUAACAACUCUACCACCUUUGACCUCCCACCUACCGUGUAACCAUCGUCUCUCACCCUGUAUUUAAUCUGACCUUGCUCAUUCUCUAGGCCAGAACAGGUUUGCACUCCACUACUACCACCUGAGAAGCUAAGUCGUCUAAGUAAGCGCGCUGUAAUGUGAACUGAAAUGAAAAUAGUGAAUAAGUUUAAAUGUGUUACAACGGGAAAUAACAAGAGGAAAAGUCAGUCACGAUGGCAAAUUGAUCUAAGAUCAUCCCAGCUUACCAGGACAGAGCCUCAAGUGAAGUUGGAUUGAGCAGUAAUGAUAAUUGUGAUUUAAUAAAUCAUAAAUAGCAUUUGUAUACUAUAGCACAUAUUCCUGCUCAACAGCAAGCUCUAUGCACUUCACAAUCUAUAUUAUUACCUCAGCAGACCCAAGAGCCCUCAGAAACAUUCUGUUUCCGUACUUGUUCCAUCAUGAAGUGAUGACGAUGAUUUUUAAUAUCCGCAAAGGAAGAGGAAGUUGUAGACUUUGCCAUAGGAGGGCGUUGUAGCGUGUGUGUAAUACAGAGCAAUAGUUUGUGGCCAGAGUGCCAGUUCUAUGGCUGUAUGUAGGGGGUGGCUGUGGAGAGCAGACCUGAGGCUGUCUACUUAACAAACUCUCAGCCCUUCCUGCGCCUGGUGUGUCCUGAUGGUGUCAAUCUGUAUCGAGGUUUUUGUUGUGCUAACCAGAGUGAGACAGUGCAAGAGAGAGAGUGUGCGGCUUGAGUGUUAGAUGUGCAUUGAGAGCUUAGUUGACCUGUGUGUCUCUGAUGUUGUAUUUUAAGGGAGCGUUAUACACUGAAAGAAUGAGCUGAGCCUAACUUAUAGAAUACGGUGGGGUCUGCUUAAACCAAACAUGGUUAAUUUGAAAACGGCGAUAAACCGAAAGAAAACAUAAUUCCCCCAUUGAUUAAUCUCUGUAAGCCGUAAACAUGGCUAAUCAGAAGAAAAUCUGGUGGUCUGGCAGGCUGUGGUUUAAGUGGGCGCGACUGUAUUUUUUUUGUUGAUGAUGGGAAAAAGUGGACGCCUCUGUUGGGCGAAUGAGCUCCCAGGGCUUCGAUCAUGUGGCUUGUUUUUGGGUUUGGAGCAGAAACGCUGAUGUAGAUACACAUGUAUGUAUUAUAUGUGUGAUCACAACAACAUGACUUGCAGCAUUUUGUGUGUGGCUUUUUUGCUGUUAAUUAUAUGUCAGUACAGAAGUGUCCUGUGUCCUGUAGGCCUAUGCCAGAACUCUUCUUACGUCUCUAGCGCUCUCCCAGUUUAGUUUACUGUCAUAUGUCUGUUUGACUCGUCCGCUGAGUUUGUUCUUUUAUGUGUCUGAUAGGUUGUUAAAAAAUGUUGAUAUGCUUUUGGGAAAUUCAGAACUUUAUAUUUCUAUUUCACAUAAAAACACUGAAUGGAUGAUGUGUGUUCAGUAUGAUUAAAUAGUGGCACAAACUUUUUAAAAAGUAUAAUGACUUCCUCUGGGGGGGGGGGGAUUUGAUUUGUAGCCUGUAGGAUACGUUUUGUGUUCACUGAAACAAGUUUCUGAAAUUGUUGCGGGUAAAGCAUUGCGUUGUGGUUUGUCUUGUAGUGUUAUGGAGGAGCAAACAGUUUGAACUUUGUUGUGUAUACUUACAAGUAGCGCAUACCAAAGCGUUUUGUUUGUCUCAGUAUUGCCGGACCUGGUCUUGCUCAUGGUAACUUACAGUAUCUAUUUCCUUUCCUCGCCUGGUCUCUGUGGCUGUGGUCACCCCCCGGUCACUCCGGUCAGGUUAUGGUCGGCGAGCUGUGUUAAUGUCCUAAUCCCAGGAAAUAAAAGUGAUUUAGGAGAGUGAAAAAGCCAUUUCAUUCUUUUAAGAAUAGCACCAACAUCAUUGUAUAUUCUUUUUUUUUCCCCCAACAUUUAGAAAUUUGAAUUUGGACAAAAAAUUUCUCGAGCGUGUGCUACAUAGCACAGAUAAAGAAACUGCAAUAAUUUUGAGAAAUUUCAAAAUUUUGGACGGAACAUUUGAACAGCUAGCCAAUGUUACAGCUCUCGUUGCUUUUUAUUAUCUCCCCUUAUCAAGUUUUCCUGCUUUGUUGUUUGUUUUGUUUUUGUUGGGGGGUUUUUUAUUCUCCCAGCUGAGACCACCAGGCUUUCACAUACCUGUGGGGAAAUUCAUUGAGAAAAUCUUGCCAACAAUGCGUCUAUGCAAAGUGAAUGAGACUUUGUUGAGAGUUUCAGAGAAGACACCUGUCGGAGGAAACUAUUACAGCAUUUGUUUAUUAGGGGGAGCUCGCGCCCCACUUUUAAGUUUUGCUUUCCAUCAAGUCUGAAAUUGUUUUAUUUUUUUAAAAUUUCAUUCACUGCUGUCUCAGUAUUUUUUGUCUGGGGCUUGUCGUUGAGAUGUCUGUAGUGCUUAAUAAGAAAUGCUGGUUUUUUGUUUGGGUUUUUUGUUAUUGUUGUUGUUUUUGUGUCUGACAUGUGUUGAUCAGCUUUUGAGCUCUGACGUGGCAUUACGGUUCAUUAUGGUUCAUCAGCGGUUGAGCAGUGGCGUGGCAUUAUGCUAAACGUUUUGGCUGUGAAGAGCACAAGUGAUUUCAGUGUAUUUGCUACUACUAAGCUGGUUUGAAAGCGAGUGUGAGAAAGGAAAUGAAAAAGAAAUAAACUGUUUUUUAUUGGGCUUUUUUUUUGGGGGGGGGGGUGUUCUUUCUUUUGGUAUUAUUGUGCAUAAAUGCGUUUUGAAUAUUUCUGUGUUUAGUAAGCGAAUGCUCAUGCGAUUGCAGAGUGUGUGUAUAUUAUGUAAGUAUAAUAAAGUAGGCGUGUGUGCAUGUGAGUACGAGUUUUUGAUGAAGUCUUAUACUAAUACAAUGGCGUAAAGUGCAUUGUUCAUGUACGCAGUACGUGGGCAGUGGCUCUGGAGUUUCGUCUAUGUACAUACAACUUUUCAUGUCUUCGAGAGAUUACUAUCACCGAAUAAAAUAAGAUAUCACCUGGA